AUGAGUGGGGCAUGUGGUGCACCAGUGGAGGGACCUUUACCAAUCUGUCAUUACAAUGAGGACUGCCCCCCACACAAAAUUUGUGACCGACUCAAUCGUGUGUGUAUCAACCCAUGCUCAACGGAUCCCUGUGGUCAGAAUGCACAUUGUUUGACAGUGAAUCAUGCCAUUGAUUGCCAGUGCCUUGAUGGAUACUCAGGAGACCCGCAUGUGGAGUGUUUAAAAGGAUGCCAUAGUGAUGAUGACUGCCUUACCACUGAAGCUUGCAUCGAAGGCAGGUGUCAGAGUCCAUGCAAUUGUGGAUUGAAUGCUCAGUGUGAAGUAUUAUAUCACAAAGCACUAUGCAAAUGCUUGCCAGGUUACAAUGGAAAUGCAACUUCAGAAUGCCAUGCACCAAGCAAUCCUUGUGAUCCAAAUCCAUGUGGCACAAAUGCAAUGUGUGAAAUUGACAAUGGAAACCCAAUAUGCUUCUGUCCAAAGGGAUUGACAGGAAAUCCAUUCAGGAAAUGCAUUCCUGAAGGAGAGAAAUGUGAACCAAAUCCAUGUGGCCCAAAUUCAGGUUGUCACAUUGUGAAUGGCUCACCACUCUGCUUCUGUCUCCCAGAAUAUGAAGGCAAUCCUCCAUCAGAAUCAUGUCAUCUACCGUCUAAUCCUUGUGAUCCAUCUCCUUGUGGUCCAAACACACAGUGUGCCAUUUUGAGCAAUGGAUUUGCCAAAUGUACAUGCCUACCAGGCUUUUUGGAGAGCCCUAACACCAUCAGAGGCUGUGUGAGAAAGCACAAUCCUUGUCAACCAAACCCUUGUGGUUCUGGAGCUAUCUGUGAUCCAAACAAGGAACCACAGUGUUCCUGCCCUGAAUCUAGUUUUGGGAAUCCUUACCAAAGUUGUCAUGUACCUGUGAUAUCUCUGUGUCAACCUGGGCCGUGUGGCAGUAAUGCUGACUGUUACAUCACUGGGAAUCAAGAAUCUUGCUAUUGUAAAUCAGGCUACAAAGGUGAUCCAUACUCAGGUUGUAUCUCAGAACCUCCCAGUCCUUGUCUGGCUAACCCAUGUGGGCCCAAUGCCAUCUGUACAGCUUCACCACAGGGUUAUCCCAUGUGUGUCUGCCCUGAUGGAAUUUCUGGUGAUCCCACUGGCCCUACAGGCUGUGGAAGACCUGAAUGCAGAACAGAUGAUAACUGCACAAAUAAACUUGCCUGUAUUGCAUACAGUUGUCGUGACCCAUGCCCUGGAUCUUGUGGCAUAGGAGCCUCAUGCCGUGUGGAGAAACACCAUCCAGUAUGCACAUGCAAUCAUGGUCUAACUGGAAAUCCUCUGAUAAGGUGCUCACCACUUCAAGUUCCACCUCCAAGUGGUCCAUGCCACCCAAGCCCAUGUGCUGUCAAUGCCUACUGUCAAGUGCUGGGGGGACGAGCAGUGUGUACAUGUAUGGAAGGUUUUGAAGGUGACCCUUCAGUCAACUGUCAUCCUGAAUGCGUGAUCAACACAGAUUGUCCUUUAGACAAGGCUUGCCUAGACAGAAAGUGCAUAGAUCCAUGUGCUUUGGGUGCUGUUUGUGGUAUAAGAGCCAUAUGUCUGGUUAGAGAUCAUACUGCAACUUGUGCCUGUUCAGAUGAACAUACAGGAGAUGCUUUCAUCCAGUGCAUACCGAGACGUAAGUAA